AUGUCACAUUUUUUAUAUUAAAUUUUAUUAGAUCUUGUUUGCGAUAAAAUUAUAUUAAUCCCAUGUUGUUUAGUAUCAAAAUUUUACUCUUUUUCAGCAGUUUCACCCGGAAAACAGUUAGAAAUUAAUUGUUUAGUUCGUAAGUAAUUAUAAGCUAAUUUUAAGUUUACAAGAUUUUUGUCAAGAGAGUUAUGCUGUCUCUGUCCUUGUUUAUCUCAACUCCGUUUAUAAAAAAAUCUCCCCUACCAAGGACCAGAUUUUUUAUAACCCUUGAGCUAGGUAUAAAAAGGGACGAAACGGGCCUACUCUCUCUCAGUCAUUUCCGCCUACGCACAGUGUACUUUCUUAAAAGUGAAAUAAAGUGUCGUCUUCACUACUCCCCGCAUCUUAUUUUGCAAUGCCGAAACGAAGACCCUCCAACUUUAACACUACCGAGAAGCGGAAGGCCCGAAAUCUACGGCAAUCAGAGAAAUUAAAGGCCAAGCUCGCCAAUUGGGCUCUACUAGGGACUCUUCGGAAGGCCGUGGGCAAGCCAUCCCCGGAUGGAAACAACAACGAGCUCACCGUCUCGCCUGUAAUUCCCCGGACUGACAGCAAAAGGGACUCACUCGUUGGCCCUACCAUUCGGACCGUCGAAAUCCUUCCUCCCGAGGCCAGGAUCCUGGUACGAGCUCCGAUCUCUCCACCGGUGUUUCUUUCCGCUCCGACGUGGUCAGCUCCAAGCGAUCAAGUGCUUCCUGAGAACCCAGGGUACCAGUCAUCCGGACAGAGUUGGGAGCCCUAUUACCCCACGAGGACUCUGACAGGUGGUCAACAGGACACCUACGUCCCUACUCCUCGGAGACAGAUACGAGUCGCCCAGGAGAUAUCCUCUAUCGAAGAGGAGAUUGCAGAGCUAACCAGGCUCCUCGAAGCUACUCCUUACGAGGCUCCUUCGCCCUUGUUGAUCUUGACGCCCGAAAAGAAGCCGCCCACGAUCGACCUGGUGACUCCACAGAACCCAUCUUGUGUCAGCGCUCCAUUGUGGACUCCAUCGAAGGUGCCCACUCCACCGCCGCUUCUGAGCCCCAUUCGGAGCCCCAGGCCGCCCUUUCGGUCUAUCAGUAACCUGGAGGAGGAUCUGGCUCUCUCAGAUAGCGACCAGGAUAUUUUGGAACUCAGUCCUGGCUCACCAAUAUCACGGUCGCCCCGCCGUCACUCACCACUAGCCAACCUUGGGCCAACACUGGCAUGUCGCCGGCAACUUUGGAGCCAGCCUCAGAAUUCAAUACCAUCACUUCUGGACAUGCCCAUUAUUUGUCCUGAAGAUCUGCAACUUGGAGAAAAGCCCCUUGUGGUGCCUCAACCUCGCAUCCAAGAGCAGAAGCCCUACACUCGGCCCGCUGCCCAGGCGGUACCGAAAUCAAGAUCGCGAGGUAAACCCCGCACUAAUCAAGAUCGGUUGAAAGGCAUCUUUCAACGGUUCAAACCACGACGUUGUUAACUUGUAUGUUCCAACACUGUACAUAUUUUAAGGGGGGGUUUACAGAAUAUAUAUUAAUUAUUUAUGCAUUGAAAUUACGUUAAUUAUUUAUAUUCCUAGUUCUGCAAUUCCAUUUAAAGUUCCAACUAGUCCCUUCCAUCC